UAGACCAGGGCCUAGGCUAUGAUUUUGUCAGUGAGGUCGCGGAAGUCACAGAUUCCAUGACUUCAGUCUGUGGUGGCUGGGAGCUGCAGGGUACCCAUGCUGCCUGAGGUGGUGGGCCCCUGAGCUCCGAGCUGUUGUGGUUGGCAGGGGUACCCUGCAGCCCUCCUUCCCCCCGGACCCCUGCAGUUCCGGGCUGUGGGUGGAUGGGCACCGUGGAGCUCCGAGCUGCCGAGCGGCUUCCCAUUUUGUCAUGGAUAUUUUUAGUAAAAGCCAGGGACAGGUCACUGGCUUCCAUGAAUUUUUCUUUAUUGCCCAUGACCUGUCUGUGACUUUUACUAGUUACUAUGUGAUUUUAUUGUCCAUGACAAAAUCUUAGCCUUAGUCAUAACACUACUUUCUUCUUCGAGUGAUUGCUCCUGUGUAUUCCACAAUAGGUGUGCGUGCUCGCUAUGUGCACCGGUGCCGGAAGUUUUCCCCCUAGCAGUACCUGUAGGAGGGGAGAGCCCCCCAUGACCCUUGGAGUGGUGCCUGCCUGGCGCAGUAUAAGGGGAGCUGUGUGCUCCCCCCACCGUCAGUUCCUUCUUGUCACCAGCGAAGGUGCUUCAGAACUACUCUGCUCCAGCUUUGCUGUAGCUCAGUCCCCAGUACUGUUCGUUCGUUCAGUGUUAGUAUCUGUAGUUAGCUGUUUAGUUAGCUUAGUUAGUCAGCAAGCCCGGGCUGGGGCAUGCCCCGCACUCCGGGGUUUAAGUUGUGAAGCUCUUGUAGGUGUUCUAUGCCAAGAAGUGACCCGCACGCAGACUGUUUGCACUGUUUGGGAGAAACCCAUGUCAGCGAAAGUUGCAAGAUUUGCAAGUCGUUUAAACCUUGGACCAAAAGAGAAAGGGACGUUAGGCUCCGAGCCAUCCUGAUGGAGUCGGCGCUGACCCCGACUCCAGCACGCCGCUCCAAACCGGUACCCAGCUCUGCGGCAUCGGUACGCGGCGACCCUCCGGUGCCAUCGACCAGUCAGCACCGCUCCCCGUUCACGGGGCAUGCCAAGAGGGCCAGGAAGACUCCCCCUUCGCAGCGGCACCGAUGAAAAUCUGGGACAGAGGCUAGACCCAUGUCGGGCAGUCCUCUCUCCCCACCGGGCCCCAGGCCUGCGACUCACGUUGAGUGGAGUAGCCCGGCCUCUUCGGAUGUCCAGAUGCCUUCCACGCCUGAAGCCCUUGAGGCGGCCUGGGACGUUAUGUCCAUGCCGGUGCCAGGAGUGCUGCCAAUGUUGGCUCCACACUCCAGAGGCAAACCGCUGCUGGGAUCUCCGCAGUCGCCUCCAGCUCGGUAUCAGUUGAGGGAACGCUCCCGACACCAUUCACCACCCAGCGACCGCUCGGGGCAGAGUCCAGGUGGAUCGCCCUCGACGCCGACCAGACUGUCUGGCUGGGUUCUGUCCGGCCAGGACUCUCUGCACUGCUAGUCCUCAAGGAGCGAUUAUCAAUGGGACCGCGGCAGGCGCUGCCAACGGUCCUCGUCUCGGAGGGGGUACCGCAGCCAGUCACGGCAUGGUCGUUGAUGCCGUUCCUGCUCGGACUCCCGCUCCAAGUCUCUGCCAAGACAUUGCGGCCCCAGGCAUCGAUUGCCAUCAUCUCGCCAUCACGGGUCCGUCCGUUGAGGCCGUUGGUGGAGCAGCCUGUACCGUUGGUACCGGUUCUCCAUGUCAAGAUCGUAGUUUUGUGGCCGACGUCGACCCCGGCACCGCCACUCCUCCUGGUCCAGAGGCAGCAGCAGAUUGUACACCAGCCCGGCCUCCAUUCGUAGCUGUCCUUCGAUGGGCCAGGCCAGCAAAACCGAACAGCUGGCCCGCCAGUGCUGCAGCAGGUGCAGCAGCACUGAGUGUUGUGGCUGGCCCAAUGGUACCAGUGGGCACUGUGGCCUUCGGCGCAGCCCCUGGUGGGGCCUGCUCCGUGGCCGGAGCUUCGGAAGCACCAUUGGCCUCCCUCUCCAGACCCCCAAGGAAGGAGUCGGUGGGACGUCCACCCUCAGCACCGUUCCCGGAGUCCCAGGUGGUGGACUCUCCAGUGCUGGCCGAUACCCAGAGCACCGCACCAGCCUCCUUGCCCCGCCUGGAGGAGGCGAUUGCGGCUCCGCCCCUCAGGAGGACUUCAGGGCCCAUCAAGAACUCUUAAAGAGCGUGGCAGCAAGCCUCCACCUCCAGGCAGAGGAGAAGGAGGACCCCUCAGACUCCCUGUUCAAUGUGCUGUCCUAGUCAGCACCGGGUAGGAUGGCCUUGCCUCUCCAUGAAGGGGUGACUAAAAUUUCAAAUGCCCUGUGGCAGAUACCGGCCUCGUUGGCCCCUAUCUCUAAGAAGGCGGAAUGCAAGUACUUUGUACCCACCAAGGGGCAUGAGUACUUGUAUACCCACCUGGCCCCCAUCUCCCUGGUGGUCGAGUCGGUCAACCACAGGGAAUGCCAGGGUCAACCAGCCCCGACCCCAAACAAUAAAGACUCUCGGAGACUGGACUCUUUCGGAAGGAAAAUUUAUUAGUCUUCGAGCUUCCAGUUGCGAGUGGCAAAUCAUCAGGCUCUCCUGGGCCGGUACGAAUUCAAUCUGUGCUGUGGGGCUCCAUGCCCAAGUUUGAGGACUCCCUCUAGGAGCACGAUAGAAAGGAGUUCAAGGUGCUAGCGGAGGAGGGGGCAGCGGCCACUAGGGCGUCGCUGCAGGCAGCAUCAGAUGCUGCGGAUAUGGCCGCACGAUCCAUGGCCUCUGCGAUGUCCAUGAUACGGGCGUCAUGGCUCCUGCUCUCUGGGCUUUCCAGUGAGGCGCAGUCCUCCAUGCAGGAUCUCCCAUUUGACGGGAAAGCCCUGUUUGCGGAGGAGACAGAUACAAGGCUGCAUGGCAUGAAAGACUCUCUGGCAUGACCCUCCAGACUCUGGGCCUAUAUAUACUGGCUCCAGCAAGACCUAAGUUCAAGCCACAGCAGACUCCCGCCCAGGCCGCCCUCCCGAAGUAUGAGGCCGCCCACAAGAAACAGCGGGACUAUAAGAGACGCCCUCAGAGGCAGUCUCGGCCAGCCCCUAAGCCUGGCUCCUCUAAGGGCAAGCAGGUGGGGGAAAGGCGCUUUUGACGGGCCACUUGGGGGCAACCCGCCAGUCCUCAUCAGGGAUCCACCCUCAGUAAAGCUCCCCUUCUCCAACCGGUUGUAUGCUUUCCUCGCGGAACGGUCACAGAUAACCUCGGACCGAUGGGUCCUCAACACCAUCUCCCAGGGUUACGCCCUCCAGUUUACUUCCUCCUCACCCCAACCACCUCCCCCACCCCCAUCCCUAUUGGGAUGCAAGGGACCCCUUGCACGAGGCUGUGCUCGAGCAGGAGGUGGGGAGGCUAUGAGGACUAGAAGCGGUAGAGGUGGUGCCCAAGGAGUUCAUGGGCAAGGAGUAUUACUCCCGAUACUUCCUUAUCCCAAAGCCAAAGGGGGGCUCAGACCCAUCCUGGACCUGCGAGGUCUGAACCAGUACAUGGUGAAACUCCAGUUCCGCAUGGUUUCCCUGGCCUCUAUCAUCCCGUCCCUGGAUACUGGGGACUGGUAUGCUGCCCUCGAUCUGCAGGAUUUGUACUUCCACAUCCACAUAUUCAAGGGGCACAGGAGCUUCCUCCGUUUCGUGGUGGGACAGAAGCACUACAAAUUCACGGUCCUCCUGUUUGGUCUGUCCACUGCCCCCAGGGUGUUUACGAAAUGCAUGACGGUGGUAGCGGCCUACCGCAGAUGGCGGGGGGCCCAGGUGAGGGACCACAUGGCGCUCCUACUGUCCACAUGCACCGUCUUGGGCCUGUUGGUAAACAGCACCAAAUCCACGUUAGUCCCGGUCCAAAGCAUAGAGUUUAUCAGGGCGCUCCUGGACGCAGUGUCGGCCACAGCCACUCUCCCACCAGACGGAUUCAAGAGCCUGAAAGGUCUCAUCGACUCGGUCUCAAAGUUCCCAGUGGCAACAGCCAGGGUUUGCCUGCAGCUCUUGGGUCACAUGUCGGUGUGCACGUAUGGAGUCCGUCACGCCAGACUCAGGGUGAGGCCACUCCAACUCUGGUUGGCCUCGAAGUUCUCCCAGGCCACAGACAGGAUGGACAAGGUCCUGUGCCGGACUCUGUGAUCACCUCCCUACAGUGGUGGUCCGCCCCAAACAACAUGCUCCAAGAGGUCCUGUUCAGGGACAGGGCCCUGUCGUUGGAACUGGUGUCCGACGUGUCGGACCUGGGUUGGGAGGCCCAUGUGGGGAACUUUCAGACCCAAGGCCUGUGGUCGGCCCAAGACCUGACCCUGCAUAUAAACAUCAAGGAACUCAGGACGGUGCAGCUGGUGUGUAUGGCCUUCCGCUCGCACCUUGAGGGCAAAGUAGUCAAGGUCCUCAUGGACAACAUGGCCUUGAUGUUCUAUAUCAACAGGGAAGGCGGGGCCCAAUCCUCUGCCCUCUGCCACGAAGCCCUCAGGCUGUGGGACUUCUGUAUAGCCCACGACAUCCACCUGAAGGCCUUCUACCUACCAGGCUCCCAGAACGAGAGAGUGGAUUGCUUGAACAGGGACUUUGCCUUGCAACACGAGUGGUCCCUCCACCCGGAAGUGGCCCACCGGCUCUUCCGAAGGUGGGGAACUCCCCAGGUGGACUUAUUGGUGACUCGGCAGAACCGGCGAUGUCCCCGGUUCUGCUCCAAGGGGGGCCUGGGGAGGGGUGCUAUCUCCGAUGCCUUUAUCCUGUCCUGGUCAGGCCAGCUUCUCCACGCCUUCCCCCCCCACUCCCUCUAAUCAGCAGGGUCCUGGAGAAGAUAAAGACGGACAAGGCCCGAGUCAUCCUGAUUACCCCGGCAUGGCCCAGGCAACAUUGGUACAGGACCCUCACAGGCCUGGCGGUAGCUCUGCCAUGGCCGUUGCCGCUCCACCCCGGACCUGCUCUCUCAGGACCAGGGCUGCCUCCUCCAUCCCAACCUAGCGGCUCUUACCUCACGGCGUGGCUGCGCAGUGGUUAGGCAGAAAGGAGAGGACGUGCUCAGAACAGGUUCAGCAUGUCCUCCUUGAAAGUAGACAGCCCUCCACUCGCCGUGCUUAUUUGGCGAAGUGGUCCCAUUUUUCUAGAUGGGCGGCAGACCACGGUGUCUUUCCCGUGACUGCCCCCAUCCAGCUUAUUCUUGACUACCGCCUCCACCUGAGAGCCCAGGGUCUGGCGCCUUCAUCAGUCAAGGUGCAACUGGCAGCCAUGUCGGCCUUCUAUCAGCCAGUGCAGGGGCACAUCGUAUUUUCCCAUGCUAUGACUGGCCGGUUCCUCAAGGGGUUGGACCAUCUUUUCCCACAUUCUAGAGCCCUGGUCCCACAGUGGGACCUGAACCUGGUGUUGGCUCGUCUUACAGGGCCCCCUUUUGAACCACUGGCCACGUGCUCCUGGUCUCACCUCUCGUGGAAGGUGACUUUCCUGGUUGCAAUCAUGUCGGCCAGGAGAGUCUCAAAGCUCAGGGCCCUGACCUCCGAGCCGCCAUACACGGUUUUUCAUAAAGAUACGGUCCAGCUCCGCCCACACCCCACAUUCCUCCCGAAGGUGGUCUCCGCUCAUCACAUGGGUCAGGACAUUUUUCUACCGGUCCUCUGCCCCAAGCCCCACGUGUCAAGUGAGGGGUGCCGUCUCCACACGCUCUAUGUGCGACGGGCUCUGGCUUUCUUCCUCGAGUGGACCAAGCCAUUCAGAAAGUCCUCGCAACUGCUCGUCGUCUUGGCCAAGCGCGUGAGGGGCCAGCUGAUUUCCACUCAGUGGCUUUCCAAUUGGAUCACUUUGUGCAGCCGUACCUGUUUGUGAGCUGGCAGGUGUUAGAAUCGUAGAAUAACAGAGUUGGAAGGGACCUCUGGAGGCCAUCUAGUCCAGCCCCCUGCCCAGAGCAGGACCAAUCCCAACUAAAUCAUCCCAGCCAGGGCUUUGUUCCCCCGCCGCCCAUUGUGAGGGCACACUCGACUCGGGCCCAGGCCUCGUUGCCUGCCUUCGUGGCCCACGUCCCCAUUCAGGACAUCUGUAGGGCCAUCAUGUGGUCUUCGGUUCACACGUUGCGAUCGUCUCCCAAACCAGGGAUGACGCCAGGUUCAGCAGGGCCGUCCUCUGUCCUGGGAACUUGUGAACUCCUACCCACCUCCAACAGAUAUAGCUUGGAAUCACCUAUUGUGGAAUACACAUGAGCAAUCACUCGAAGAAGAAAAGACAGUUAUCUUUUUCCGAAACUGGUGUUCUUUGAGAUCUGUUGCUCGUGUCUGUUCCGCAUCCCACCCUCCUUCCCCUCUGUCGGAGUUGUCUGGCAAGAAGGAACUGAGAGUGGGGAGAGUGCACAGCUCCCCUUAUACCGCACCAGGCAGGUGCCAUUCCAGGCGUUGCGGGGGCCGCUCCCCUCUACGGGUACUGCUAGGGGAAAGAGCAUGCACACCUAUUGUGGAAUAGACAUGAGCAACACUUCUCAAAGAACACCAGUUACAGAAAAGGUAACUGUUGGGGGGUUUUUUUUGGUUGAUUUUAAAGAUCAGUCUCCUUACCUUGAGUUGACACAGUAGGUUUCAACAGCAGUGUAGGUUUGUAUAUGAGGUGGGUACAAUAACCCGAGGACAACACUUCAGUGUAUCGGUUGGUUUUAUCCUUUUGUGUUGGCUGUCUAUUUCUAAUUUGAUGGAAGUUUGCUAUUUAUCCACCUUCUCCUAUAUUUCCCCUCCCCAUCCCUCCCCAGGUUUAAUAUGAUUUUUUUUCCUUGUGUUUUCAUGAAAAGUCUGGGAUGACCUGAAUAAGUAUCCUUCACGUGCCCUUUCAGUUUUUGGACAGAGGAGCAGAAAAUGUUUGUCUCUCCAAGAUACUAUGAUGAAACAAAUAGUAAACAAUAAUUGGUUUAUCUCUGUUUACAAAGUGCUGUGUGUCAUACAUACAGAGUUUCAGAGAGCGAGUAGGAAUAUGGGAUAGAGUUAGAGUAAAAAUCAGUAAACCAACAAAACUAACUGAAAUAAAACUGCAUAUAUUCCACUACUGCUAUGCAGUUUCCUUUAUAUUGACCAUACAUUCUCCUUUAAUCUCUUUUGAUGAUGCUAGCUAAAUGACUGUGUUCUUGUUUGUGAGGAUUUACCGUAUUACAUUUAAAGAGCAAAGUCUUACCUUAAUUGUUAGCAGUAAUGAUUUGGAAAUCUUGACUUGACUGCUGUUGUAUGUGUUGUGGCUCUUGAAGCACUCAGCUGACCGAGUGUGACUGCAUAACGAACUCUAGUGGUGUCUUCAGCAAAGCAGUGAAAUUCUUAGUAUUUAUUUCACUGUUGUAUUGCAUGACAAAUUUUACUUCUAUAAAAUCUACAGCUGUACUGUUUUUUGGCAAGAAUAUUUUUGACCAUAACAUUAGUUUGGUGGGUGAGGGAUGGAUUUGGUCGUCAUAAAAUUACUCAUCAGCUGCCUUUGAUUUAUUCAUUAAUAUGAGUGCUAUCUCACUAAUGUGUGUGACUGGAAUUAAAACCUUUUUCUAAAUCUGUCUGGCCCAAACAAAACCUGCAUCUCUACAUCUAAAGACAUGCUUACAGAAAUUCAAUUCUAGAUCAAUUUCAUUCUAAAUUAAUCUUUGUCUUCUGGGUAGAGCACAAACUGAAAUCAGGUAUAGAAAACUGAUAAAAGCAGUUGAUUUUUCUUAGCACUCUAGUAGUGCAAGUGUUCCGUAAAUUAGCAGCUUUCAUGCAAAUAUAAUCAGAUGCAACAUAACUUCCUGAGGUUCAGAGGGUGACCUGUUGAAUAGUCAGCUUCAGAAGUAUUUGAUUGCUGAGCUGCUUCCGAGGGGAGGGGCCUGUGGCUAACUGUUCUUGCUGCUUCACCAGAAAUGGGUGUGGAUUGUUAAUGUUGUAGGUCAAGGCUGCAUUUACAUCCUGUUCUUGUAUAUAGUUGAAAAACAUGGAAGAGCUUGCAUUUUACUGUAUCUUUUAAAAAUUAAAGAGGGAACUGAAUUGUGAAGAAAUUUAAAGGUCUGUGCCUCUUCUGUGUGGGUAGUCUCUUGUUUUGAGUCAUUGUAAAAAAGUUGCUACCAUUACUGCCUUGAAAGGUGCCUCCCACAGCCGCAGCAUGCCUGAUCCCGGUGAGGAGGAGAAAGAAUAGGACUAGGGAAGAUAUCUGCAGUGAGAUUCUGAGAGCCAGUGCUGCACUGGACCGUGAACAGAGAUCCUGGAGGGCCAACAUGUCAGACAGCAUGCAGACGGACAGAGUGGAGAGGAGACAGUCUCAGCAGGAAACGAAGUGGGAAGUGCACCAGAAGAUAAUGGGUCAUCUUAGGCAGGAAACCCAAAUGCAGCAGACCCUGGUUGACGUACGGGUCCAAAAAUCCUAGACUUUCCACCCUUUGCAGUACUUAGAGAACUCCAUGGUAGCAGUUCCCUCACUCCGCAGCAUGCCACAUGGCAUCAUGGGCCUCAUCCUUUCCCCCAUCACUCCAUGACAUGGGACAGCAAGGAAAACCACAGCGUCACAUACCUGGACCCGUGUGAACCACAGUUAGUGUACUUGCAGCUAGAUGCGACAACAUUCGUGCACUGAAAUGGACAGAAAUGUUUGCUGCCUUUCAAAUUUUAAAGUUCUGUUAAUGUAUUAUUUUAGUUUAUAUCGCAUUGCCUGUUCUCUUGCACAGUGUUUUUCUGCACUGUUUUUAACAGAACAAAUUUCUAUUUUUUGAAAAUAAAGAAGUUUAUUAGUUCACAACACACUAUGCAGAAUACUUAGUGAUAUUCAAAGCACCCAGUACGUGUAAAUGUACAGCACCACAGAAGUCAUAGGUUAAGGAGACGCCCAGUCCUAUUCAUAAAUGUACAGCAAGCAUUGCAUAAUUCAAAGCUUCAGUAAAAUGCAUAGUCAGUUAUAAAUGGUCAGCAAGAACAGCAUGGUUCUAACAGCACCCAAAGCUCGGAUCAGAGAACAGUCUAGCACAGAACGAUAUUGUGGCUGACCAUUAAAGUACUCUUUCAAAGCCCCCCUCAACAGCAUAGCUCGACACUUAGCUCUUAUAAUGGCCCUUGUGUCUCGCUGUUUGAACUCAGUAGGCAGAUGCUCCACCUCCACCCUGGUGGCAGCUUUUCCCCCCCUUGCCUCAUUGAUAUUAUGCAUACACGCCAUGCAGCUGUAACCAUUUGGAUGUUUUUCUCAUUGAGAUCCAGUCUAGUGAGUAAACACUACCAGCAUCCCUUCAGUCUACCAAAAGCACAUUCAGCUGUCAUUCUGCACCGCUGAGCUGUAUUUGAAUCUUUCCUUUGUGCUGUUAAGGUGGCUACUGUAUAGCUUUAUGAGCAAGGGGUAGGCUGGGUCCCCUUGAAUCACUGCUGGCAUUUAAGUAUUGCCAGUGUGUAGUUUGGUUUGGAAAGAAUACUCCUGCUUGCACCUUUCUGGACAGUCCUGUGUUCUUAAAGCUGUGAGUAUCAUGCAUUUUCCCUCACUAGCCCAUGUUGAUAUUGGUAAAGUGUCCCUGAUGAUCCAUCACUGUUUGCGUAACCACAGAAAAAUAGCCUUUUCUAUUGAUGUACUCUGUGGCGAUUUGGGCUGGUGCCAAAAUCGGGAUAUGCUAGCUGUCUAUUGUGCCACUGCUGCACAUCUAUCCACUAUGAAGUCCAUGUUGCUGAGUCACAGUCCUAUGUAUCAGGAGAUGAUUAAUGGCCCUACAUGCUUGCGUGACAACAGCCCCCAUUGUGGAUUUUCCAACUCCCAAAUGCUUCCCCACUGACUGAUAGCAAUCUGAUAUUAAAAGCAUCCAGAGUGUGAUUACCACACACUUCUCCCCAUCAAUGGAGCUCUCAUUCUGCUGUUCCUGCAAAGAGAGGUAGGGGUGAGCUUGGACCACAGAUCCAGAAAUGUGGCCUUUCGCAUCCAAGAGUUCUGCAGCCACUGCUUAUCGUACCAAACCUGCGCUACAGAAUGAUCCCAUCAGUCAGUGCUCUUUUCUCGGGCUCAGAAGUGGGGUUCUGCAGUCUUCAGCUGCUCUGUGAAUGCCACCAACAGCCUUGAAUUGUUUUUCGCUAUGUCCCUCAGCAAACUGUUCUCAGAGAAAUAGUCACAUCCAUUAUUGUGGUAUUUCCUCUCGAUCUCCAAACACAGGAGGAUCAUGCAUCCUGUAUUUAUAGUGUUCAUGAGAACAGCACAGCUCUUCAGUCUCCAUGCUCCUGUUAGAGAUAUUGGUGGACUCUGAAAAUCCUGUGUGGGUUUGUGGGAUUAAAAAAAUGUGAAAAUUAUGGGAUAUAGAUGGCAUUAUGCAGUGGAGAAAGUUACAUAUUGGGAACUUGACUUCAAGAUCCCACAGAUCCCUGUGCAACUCAUUUCUACCCCACCACACAUGAAAAUUUCCCAAAAGGCACUGCAUAGAUUGUGGCAUGUGGCACACUGGGAUACCUAUUGGGGUGCCCCACAUUUUGCUUAGAGACGGACACUCUUGAUGAGUACAUGCUGUACCCAUGCAAGCAGCCAAAUAUGCAUAUACAAGCGUGAUGUAUUAACUUCGGCGGCUGCACGCUGACAUAACUUGUCAUCCAAAAUUGGUAGUGUAGACAUGGCCUUAGAGUCGUAUUUUUGGAGUGGCAGCUCUUCUAACAGUUCCUCCCUUCCUCAGUACAGUUUGAUGGAUCAUCAGUUCAAAGUUAAUAAAGACAGGGCUUGAGGUAAGCUGCCAGCUGUGGAGUUGUGCCCCUUGCUGCUUUUACUGUUUUCGUAGCAUCGCUGCUAUUGAUUCAGAGGUGAACUUUAACAGCUAUAUCAUACACAUUUCUUUACAUUAAAUGUUGCAGUUUUGUUCUGAUGUCUCUAAUGAAUGGCAAUAAAGAAAAAGUCUAGCCAUAAGGAUUA